CAGUGACGCCACUCGAAAAAAACAAAGACCAAAGCAUUUCAGACAGGAGCAAGAGGCAGAAAAUUCGCCAUGGCCAUUGUCGCCGUUGCUUCCUUGCCCUUUCCCUCCCUCUCCCGAUCUAGGGUUUCUGACGAAGGGUUUCUUUCCAUCUCUAAUCAUCAUCCGCCGACAGAGAUAUCCUCGAAAAUCUCUUUCUGCUAUGGAUCUGCUGCUUUUGGGGCUGGAUUCUUGCUGAGAAGGAAUAUUUGCCAAUCUUCUAUCAAUUCAUCAAGCGUGUUGGGAUCAUCCUCUUCGAAGUCCGAUCAGGGUGCUGAUUAUGUUCCCAUGCCAAUAAUAGUGAUUGAUCAAGAUUCAGAUUCUGAUGCCACAAUUGUGGAACUCAGCUUUGGAGAUCGCCUUGGAGCUCUCAUUGACACGAUGAAGGCCCUCAAGGAUUUAGGCUUAGAUGUUGCCAAGGGAACUGUUACAACUGAGGCAUCGGUUUUACGAACAAAAUUUUUCAUCACACGUCUAGACACUGGGCGCAAAGUUGAAGACCCUGAUAUGUUAGAGAGAAUUCGGCUCACCAUCAUUAAUAACCUUCUCAAGUACCACCCGGAAUCUAGUGAACAGCUGGCAAUGGGUGAGGCUUUUGGAAUAAAAGCACCCCAAAAGAAGCUUGAUGUUGACAUUGCAACACACAUACAUGUUAAGGAUGAUGGACCCAAGAGAAGCUUGCUUUACAUAGAGACGGCAGACCGGCCUGGACUACUGAUGGAAAUCAUCAAGAUUAUGGCUGACAUCAACAUCAGUGUGGAAUCAGCAGAGAUUGAUACAGAAGGAUUGGUAGCCAAAGACAAAUUCCAUGUCAGCUACAGAGGAGCAGCACUAAACAGUUCCUUGUCACAGGUUUUGACAAACUGCCUACGCUACUACCUUCGGAGACCUGAAACAGAUGAAGAUAGUUACUGAUACUCAAGCUGAAGCAAGAGAGAGAGAGAGAGAGAGAGAGAGAGAGAGAGCUCGUUCCAUGCUGAUGUAUUUUGUAACUGCCUGCUGGCAGUUGGUUUCACUUUGCAGGCAUGUUCCAAUUUUAAAAAAUAAAAAAAAGCAGCAGUUUCUCUUUUCCGUUGUGUAUUUCUGCAUAGUCUGUCUAUUUCUGUAUGCAUGUUUCGCCUCUUUGGCACUAAAAAAAAACAAUGGAAAAUACUGAUGGUCUGUGAGGCAGUUGAGUGUGGAAGACUGGGAGAAAUUGCAGAUAUUUUGCCUUCAUUAAAGUGAUCACAAGGUGUUUUUUUUUUUU